AUGGGACUGAAGAGGGUAGGCGCGCACGCAACCGUGCUCCACUCCGUUGGUCACAGCGAAUGUCGCAGAGUAAGCUCCAUUGUCUGUGGCUUGCGCCAUCAAGCCAGUGUGGAGCUGACGCACCAUCUGAGUGAACCAUUGGGGACAGCCGAAUACCUGCGUGAUUUUUCACAGUCCAUCGCGAUUCACCGCGUCGAAGGCUUCCGUCAGAUCCAUGGAGGUAAAAUAGAAGUGGGUCCGUCACUCUUGGCUCUUCUCCUGGAUCUGGCGAGCAGCAGUUUUCAUGUCGGUGAUUGCGCUGCGUCACCGGGGUCCACACUGACUUUCCCAGAGAAGCCCUUGUUUCAGGUGAACCCUGAGGCGGUUGAGGAGAACGGGGGCAAAGAUCUACCUGGGAAUAAUGAGCAGCAACAUUCUUCUGUGAUUGUCAAAGAUUUGGCGGUCCUCUUUCCGCUUGAAGAGGUGAACCAUUUUUGUGUCCCUGAAAUAUGUCGGACAGAAAUUUGUUGCCUUCCAUUCGGAUAAAAGUCUUAAAAAUUCAAGUGACAAAUUUAAGAUAAGCAUCAGUGGUUUGGAGAGUUCAUCUGUCAAUAUCUUUAAGAAAUAUGCCGGUAUAUUGUCCGUACCCGAUGACUUAGCUUCGUUAAGACUUUGCAGCUUUCUUUUUUCAGGAGUCGCUAGGAGGGGUGUAGACUCAAGUACCGGCUCAAUCCGUCUUCCCCUUCUGUUUCUACGGGGUCCUGGACUGAGUCUUUAGACACCAUCGUGGAUUUGGAGACGCUACACGUAAAAGUUCUGUUAUUUAAACCGAACUCAGUACGCAUCCAGCAAUGUUACAGCUUCAGCUGACAGAGGACACACAGCAGCAAGAGUCGGUCAGAGGCGCAUAUGUUUCACGUAUAUCUUGGUUAGGAGACUCAGGAUAUGCAUGUUACUACUAGGACCUUCAAACUCCUGAAUAAUAGAACAUAUCUCCCCAUGGAUCAUCGAUGGCGUUUCGCUCAAGCCAAGCGCUGGGGCACUUUGCGUAGAUCUAAAACGGAUACUGCUAGCUGAGACUUCAAAGCUUCAUGGGAGUCUGGGGCGCUGCGUAAGGACAGGAAUGCGGUAAAAGAACAUCAGUAGUGUUCUAGGCAAGUUUUAUUUGCAUCUAAUGAAUCGUCAAAUUCAGCAAGAAUUUACAGUUCGAAGGCGUUGUAGCAGCCGCUGAAUUGUCCCCUCUCACGGCGUCUGUUCGUCCGUCAGUGACUGCUCAUUCGGACGUCCGACAGAACGCCUUCUCUCACAGGGUCAGUGGGGCAUGGAACGGACUACCUGAUGCGGUUGUUCUUUCCGAAAGUGUCGAAUCUUUUAAGUGUAGACUAGAUGCUCAUUUGUUGAAAAACUACUGUACAUAUAAUCACGAUUGUUUUAGCGGCGGCAGUUUGCUCCUGGCUCACCCUUACCGCUAACUUUUGAACUUUCCGCAUUUGAUAAUGUAAUUGGUGACUUUAUUUUUGCUUAUUGAUAUGAAUAGGGAGUUCAAGGGCAAAAGCCUCAUUCCCUUAAUAAACUGACUUAACCGCGCUUACCUACAAACACACUGCUGACGCAUGAUCACCCAUCAGGUCUGAGCUGGGACGUCUCUUAUUCAGUUGUAGUGAGUCAGGUCUGCGCGCACAAACUGCCUUACGCUCAUCGAACAGUCUGGCUUGUUACCCGCGUGCACUUGUUAUCAUGUCACCCGAAUAUGACCCUAAAUCAACAAAUUACAUGUUCAACACUCGGUUAGGCACUCCCUCGCGCAGACGCGGGCAUAUGUCAUCCGUGUAAAUGACACUCCACUAUUGACGCUGUUCCAAACGGAUGCUUUACUCUGAAACAAGCAAACAACCAACUCGUGGAAGCCUACCCCGUGUGCAGAAUAAACCGUUUCUUACAAUUCCUUGACACCUGAUACAAGGCGAAAUAAAAUUAUCGUGUGAGGUUACAGUGGUUUUACAUCCUUGAUAGCCGCUGGUUACUAAAUCACCAACGUCAAGACUGCGUGCAAUAAAUAUUGUUAACAAUUUUUGCUCGUCAUUUUACCGGACUCCUCCGCUAUAUACGUUAAGUAUGCAGUAUACAGUGCUAAAAACCAUUUGCUUCGUUUUAUUAAAUAAGUCUCCCGUUAUAUUAUAUUAGAAUUUCUAAAAAUAAUGCUUUCAUGACGUCUCAGGUUUUCCUGUCUCAAAAGGUAGCUUUAUUUCCCAGUGGAUCCCACCAAUACUUGUUUGUGUAGUACAGUGCCUCAGUAGAUAAUGGUAACAUCUGCACAAAUUAAGAGCCCCGACAGCUUUUAUUUUCACUUCUUUUAUUUCCAACAGUUUAAUUUUCCUCCAACACCGGUUUCCUUUAUAUUAUAAAGGCUAGUGAGUGUAACCUUCAUUUAGGAGUACACUCAGGUUAGUUGCCCUAAAUGGAAGUUCAGCCAUUCAAAAUAUGACGCAUUUGGAAGCAGAAGCCAUUGAUUUUCAUCCUUAUAUAUUAGGCGUUAUUGAAUAUUAAACCUCCCCUCUAAGCUGCCAUCCGCAUUUGCUAUUGACAGCCCUAGUUAUACCGACGGGCCCGUAUUAACAAACGUAGCUGGUAUUUUCUUCGUAUUAUUAGAACGUUUCAGUCGAACUGCCUUAUGAUCCGAACAUUUAGUCAUUUCUUGUAAAUACCUGUUUCUUUCCAUUAUCCUCGUGCAAAUGGAAAGACGUAAUUUGGCUGAACAUAUGAGCAUUGUUAUCCUGGCAAUGAAAACCACUUCUAUAAACCCCUAACAAAGGUCAACGGGACUCCAUCUGACGUCCAAAUAAUCGUAGACCAACUCACUUAGUCAGACAUUGACAAGGAUACAAGUACCCCCUCUCAGACUCCAGAAAAUUUUGGAGAUUAUUCGCCUUUCAAGUUGCUCUCAACCAUUUCACUCAGCGACCAUGUACGACAGUGUAAUAGAUUCAGUUUAAAAUAAUGGGAUUUGUAGCGGCUAAGCGGUAAUGGCGUCUGCUCAGUGCGCCACAAACUCAGGACAUAUCCCAGGUUGUAAGAGGCCGGACGCCAGUUGAGAAGAAGAUUAUUUAUUUCGUACAGAAUAAUGAACGAAAGUUGGCAAACGGACCAGGGUGCCUCCGGCUCCGCGGAGGCGGCAUCCGCGAGGGCGACGAGCCGUGUGUCGCCGAAAGCCGCUGCUGCAAAAGUGCCGUGGCAGAUUGUUUACGCAGUGGUCUGGACUGUGUCCGCCGGUGGCGAACCAAUCAGCGAGAUGAGUUGCGUUGAUUGGCUCCGAGCCCACGCGAGGGUAGUGGUAAGCCUCGCAUGAUGCAGACAGAGAAUCGACCAGAUGCGUGGUGCAGACAGUGAAUUGCAACGAGACAAAUCGAAGCCGUACAGACGUGCGUGCCGUAGCAGGCUGUCGGUAGGGCGUAGUUGCAGACACUAGCGAAAAGCGCGACUUUUCCAUUAUCGCUGUCCUCAACAGAUUCAGUCUAUAUUUGUGAUUUUCCAUCGAGCCCGUUUACAAGUGAUCACGCUUUGUUUAACUUCUGUUUUUAGUUUCCAUUUCUGCACGCCAUUGACAAAACAAAACUAACUUGACUCUAAUCAUGCUAAUAAGGGAUUAGCAUAAACUUUCACAAGAAAUUUAGAUCGUCACAGUAUUUUCUCUACAAAUGACCAAACUGUUGCCCACGAUAUCUUGGCGCACUGGAAAACUUCAUCAACUUUACAGCCAUUCUUGGUGCCAUUUUUGAAGGAAAAAUAUCGACACUUACUUCUCAGAAAUGUUGGAAAUUCGUGGCCUAUAUUGGCCUUGCUGUUAGUGAGGCCGAUGACAGGCAGAAAGGAAGUCUUAACUUUGUUUUGAAAAAGUGCUUCCAAGAAUAGACAGCCCCUUGUUGUCGCCUCCCAUUUCCAUAAUCCUGUGGUUUUAACUCCGAGGAUCUAAGAGACUUUCGCCUGGGGGCAAAAAUCCUUCCAUUUUGGUCAAACUAAUUUCACCAAUAGAAGUAGGCUUUAGUCCCUCUAAUCGGGAGCGUUCAGCUGAAUAUCCUAGAAAAAAUCAACUUUUCAGUAGCCGGGAUAAAGCUCAAAUGGAGCUUAAUUUUCUCCUCAUCAAUAAACAAAUAGCCUUCUGCAAAUUAUUACCAUUUGAAACUCGUCUCCGAGGUUGGCCGUCCAUCUAGCGAUAAUAACCUUUUCUCUGUAUUUCCAGCAGUUUUAUUUGCAUCUGAUUCUUCACCUGACCACAUUGUCCCUGUUUUAUGUGAAGCCUACAACUUUGUAGCAUCUUUAAGAAGCGGCAAUCACCCAAAAGAUGCUCGCAGUUUUGCCAGGACGGUUGGUGUUAGCAUUAGUAGUUGGCAAACUCCAAAUUUAUCGUCGAUGUUCGAGGCACAGAAUAGUGACGUGGUUCAAAAAACUGGGCCAAAUCCACCUCAUUCCUAUGUCCGGCCAAUUACGCCUGACCUAGUGGUGUAAUCGAAUAAGCCGGAUAAUACUCCAGGGAAAUCUUUGUCUGUCCCUAACCCAAAUUCUUAAAUUCAGGAAGGCAUUAUGGUCAGGAAACCUGAUAAAACAACCGCGUCUAAGAUACAUGCAAACAAUGCAGUUGGUGGUAUUCCAAACCAGAUAGCUUGCCAGACCCCCGAAUAAUUGAGCCUGCUCAAGUUGGUAAUAGUUUUUCAAAACCGUUUAGUCUGUUUUGUAGUAUAAGUGUCCCACCAUAUAAUGUUAAUCUUUCCUGUAUUUUUACAACCUCACACAGAUGCAUUUCUCCCUAUGAAUUCAACCCUAGCUUGUAUACGUGCAAUAAUCUCUCUGUUAUUGUUGAUAAGGUCUUCAAAAAUUGUAUGUUGCAGAAAUUUUGCAUUCUCCUUCUUAUUUUACUCUUACAAGUUAAUUUUCCGCCACCGACUCUUCAUUUUUUGUAAACAGCGAUGAGUGUAACAUGCAUCAUAGGAAUACGCUUGGUGAUGUUCCACUGAAUGCGAGAUCAGUCGUUCAAAGUAUGGCCUGGUUUAUGACGGAGCCUUUGAAUUUGACCCAGUUGGUUUGUGCAUUAGGGAAUCUCGAGCUCAUUCUUUAAUUUUCGACUCGGCGUUCACUAUAGGUGAUCUCAAUGUAUGCCGGCAAGACCGCGUUGAACUACGUGGCGGGAGUUGCCUUUUUAUAUCAGAGCCUCACUUGUUCAUUGGCCCUACGAUCUGAGCAUUUCUUCUUCCUCUGGAGAUAUCGGUUUCGUUUCGAUAAUCCUUACGCAAAAUAGGGAAGCCAUAGUUGGAUGUGUAUGUAAUCCUUCUUGUUACUCCGGAAAAGAAAGCCACUUCUGUGAACUCUUUGAAAAAAUCACAGAAACUUCGUUCGAUGCCCAGACAAUCGUAGGCGAUUUUCAUUUGCCAGAAACUGGCUGGCAUACACAUACCUCCUCUCUUAAAUUUCAAGAGCUUCUGGAUACCAUUAACUUUUCAAACUAGUCUCAAUUAGUCCACUCUUCGACCAGAAACGAUAGUACAUCAAUCUACUGUUUAAUAAUAGCAUCGACCCUUCAUUUAUAAAUAUAAUUAAUAAUUAUUUUUAUUAAAGCACCGUCGGGGUCCCAUUAAAGCAAGUAAAAAUAAAUUUACAUGCGAAUUUUAGACAAGGUAGGCAAAAUCUGUACAAAGUGCAAUACACAGUUUUUGAAAAAAACUCCAUAACCCUCUCCACAACGGUGUCGGAGAAUUGACACAAGCAAAUGAGAAGAAGUAGUUUACAAAUAGCAAACAAUGUAGAAAAAAUAUAAGAAAAGUAUGCACAAUCGUAGUAGCUAUCAGACGAUGUGUAGAAAGGGUUUCUUUGUCUGCAGCAAGUUCCUAAAAAGGGGGCAGUAAAUGUAGUGUUAGAGCAAUGAGUAAAAGAUGAGAAAGUUAGAGUUGACUGCUGGGCAGGCGUAGUAAGCAGUGAAAUAACGCGUGAUUUGAAAUACUCAACAAAGAGGUGCCUUAACGCGUUAAAUGAUGACAAUAAUUCAUUGUUAUAAUUUUGUCGCCGUAGAAGGCUUGCUGGAGUAAAAAAUAAUCUCUCGGUUUAGAAGACCCUAACUUUUACCAUAGUAUAAAUUUGGCAAGCAUCAAAAGUAAAUAGAAGGAAUGCUUUGUUUAAAAUGGUCAUUUCAUGGUCAACUGGAUUGUUUUCAACCAGAUAUUACGAAAGACCCCUAAUCGAGGAAAAUUAUACUACUCAAGUAAUUACAAGUUAUUAUAUCACGAAAUGCAACUCUGUUUGUUUUUAUCCCCUGAACCCAUUCUAUGCCUUUUACCACAUACCUUGUAAUCAAAUAUUAGAUUAGUAGUGGACACGAACUAACGUUAACGUACAUUUUAAAAUUCAGACUUUCGGUGUCCCCGGACGGAGAUAACGUUGGAAGGAGUUCGGUAUCGGCGAUCUCCUUUGACACCUAAAUGUGUCGCUGAGAACAAAAUACCUACGGUUGACGUACUUUCCCGAGGUUUUCUUGGCGUCUUGCGCUGCCACCGCACCGACCUCUUGACUCACGAAACCAAUCGAUUGCACUUCUUUAAAUUAACUCCUUCGAGCAGUUACUUAAGCAGGUAUUUUGCCGAAUGGUCUCUGUAAUGUUAUAAAAAAUAGACUCGCGACCGGAGAACGAGCGUUUUUUUUAUGUAAAACCACCUCAUCGGAAGUUGAGACACGAGGGUGGUCCUAACAGAGGUUGCCAAACAAACUCCUCCGUGCGUCCCCCCAAAUUAGAAGGCUGCUUAACCUGUUAGAUGGAAAUAGUUAAUUGGGCGAGGGUAUGGAUUGUCCCCGGGGUCAGCAAAAAAUAAACUUAGGACUCCGUCUAACAGGAAUGGUGGUAAUAGGCGUUAUACAGGUGAGGCCAUCGGACGCACACAGAAGGAAAUCAGGAAAUUAAUAAAGACAAAAAACACAAAAUAAUAUGGAAAGCAUUUUAACGUGCUUUGAAUGUAAACAGUAAGUAAGCGCACAAAUUCAAAAAGCUAACCAAAAACGGUAGUCAGGGUAAUUCAGGCAAAUGAAUAAACCUCUGUGAACUAAAUAACGGAAGCUCAGGUUCCAGGGGAAAUAACAGCCGAUUGGAGUUGGCUGCAGGCGGUUAUCAGACGUGCAAAUGCCGCAGGUUAAGACCCAUGCCAGGAGACGUUAUAACCGUCAAGAAUUUGCUAAAGAUACAAAGCAAAGAACAAGAAGGAAGUGUGACAGGGUAAGCUAAGUGCAGUGAGAAAAAUUAAAAAGGAACUGCAGAUCUAAUAAUGUAAAGGGACAUGGCUUACAAGCAGAUAAUUAGGUAUAGUAAUGGAAAUAAGUCAUGGUAAAUAUCGCGGAUUUCGUCAUCAAAAAGAAAUUCUCACCCUGAUUACUGAAACACAUAAAGGCAGUCCGUCCAUGUAGAUAUAAACAUAAAUAUCUGUAAGUUAAAGGUAGUUGCAAUAGUAGGAAAUAGCGACAAGCCGUAGGCUAAUUUCUUUUUUAACACAGACCACCGCAUACCAGGGUCGAAAUUUUGUGAACAAAAUCAAAGGCCGCCAUACCAAUGCAAUUUAAGUGUAUUGGAGCCGCCUGAAAAGAAGAUUACACGAAGGCGGCCCUGUGUUAGGCUGAACUGUCUGGGCCCACACUGACAAGAUACAAUAUCGUCUAUGGUUUUGACUCAACGCUGCUGGCCUGAAACAAGCGUGAGAAACCUUCCUGUACCACAUGGCGGAGGUUUACCCUGUGAAGCAGCCUAACAAUUGAUAAUCCUAUGGAACUGGUUCAAAACAGCCAAUUCUCUUAGCUGUAAAAUGGUCUUAUGUAUAAAGUAAUCUAAAAAUAUUCAGUUUUUGGAAUCUCGUUGAUCGUGGGCAAAACCUUCGCGUGAAAUCUAAUAUGUCCGGGUUGGGGGCACGCUAAUGAGUCUAUAUAGACAUUUCUGUCGCGCCUGGUUCUUGGGACGAUUGCCUGCAAGUCCACUAUCACUGGCCUGUGAAACACGCAGGUUAAGCCUGGCUGGUACAUGGGAGAAACGUAAUCGAACGGCACCCACUUAAGUAAACGUAGUAGCCAUUCUUAUGUACUAUUAGGCCUACCCUGGGAACAAACCAUACCCUUACCAAAGUCUUCUUUCAAUACCCCCACUGGAUACACUUUACUACUAUUUGACGGGCGUUCGUUCCUCUCUAAGACGCUUGUGCACUGUUUGUCAAACCGUGACCACAUUACACAUCUCUUGUCCACGGACCAAGAGCUCUCCAUGACAGGAACCGUACUGUCGUUCAUGAAUUCAACAACUGAGUACACCUGCCGGGCCAGUGUACAUUCUCAGUCGUGCAGGCAUCAAAAUGCGUAGUUAGAAAAUGCAUAGUAAACAUAAAACUACAUGAACAAUGUGUAAAUAGAGGAUGAGGCCUAAAGUCACCGGAAAAUGUCGUUUUGCAUCAAAGGUAUGCAACAGGGGAACAAGGAAAAAUUCAUCGUUAAUUUUAAAGGGAACGUGUUUACAUACAACGUCCCAAGGGGCAGCAGUGGUGAAAGUGUACGCCAAAACGGAGGCUUUAAACAUAAAAAACGUGGAAGAGGACACGGACGUUGUAAACAAUCUCGGCAGUCUAUAAAUGGGCGUUAAUGUAUUUCGGUAGCCGACAUAGAUGUCAGUACGCAUGAUCUACCGCCGAUGAGAACCACAUUAUCGGGCGCGUCCGUGGACAAAACAUACCCGUUAUGUAAAAUAGCGGCCGAUCCACGGGGUAACUAUAAAGACCGUGCGACUCCUUCACCGUCUUCCAAUAGCACGGAAGAUGUUGGCAACUCAGGCAGACGUCGCUCACUAUACUGUCUGCAAACAUGUGCGGCGGCUUUAAUUGGUCUUUUUAUGAAGCAACUUUAGCAUGACACUCAGGCAGACAAGGUGCAUAUAAUCGAUUGAAAAUCAGGCAACCAUAUCAAUAGGCAAAUCUUCGAAUGAUAAUCUGCCCUUGUGAUGCGGCGCCUGACUUUGCAAUCCGAAUGACCUGUCGUCCCGCAAGUGUCCACUAUACGUUGGAAAUGGCAUGCGGCUAGCAGUGGGCCUGCCUUCGUGAAAACACCUAGAGUAGUUGCUGUUACUCUUACGAAAUAACCUACCUGUCGCAUUCGUAAUAGCCAUUAUGGGCUUUCACCUGCCUGAUAUAAGACCGGGCAAGCGUGUCGCAGAUGACAUGGUCGAGGACCACCCUGACAAGAUCAUCAUUUGGUGGAAGAGCCAGACCAAUAUUUAGGAGGUACUUCAGUUCAGACACGCAGUCCUCCAAGAAAUACUCCAAGGGGUCAGGCUUGCCAUAUCCGAAGAAAACGCUGACAACAAAAGGUUGGCCAACAACCGGACGGCUAAGACGACUAAGAAUAGGACACAGGCGUUGAGUGGAACACUUUAAAAUUUUCCUUCCGUCAGUGUGCAAUUGAACGCAAAUCUCCUGAAUUCUGGUUGCCGGUCGACGGGGCAGCUCGUCCAGUCGACUUCGUCAAAGCCCCAAAUGGACAUAGCACCCAUUCUUCAGGGGCUUGCUAAUGCAUGAUCGUGAGGUUUGCAGUAGCGUCCGCGAGUCGAUGGGUACGUCUGGAUGGUAGGGUCGUAGCAUAUUCAACAGUUUAUUCACAAUGGAAAGUGGCAGCUGCACGUCAAGGCAGAAUACUUGCAAAUCUGCCAGAAAACAACUGCCUCCAGCUGGGUUUGUACUAACCGCCUCAUCAGCUACCUCUAUACCCAUGGUUUGGGUACACACGUAAACGACCUACUCGUAGGAACUUCUGAAUUCAGAAUAGGCAUUUGCCUUUCAGGCGAAUCAUACGCUACCGCGUAUGAUGCUGAUGGGAAAGAGCACUGGGAUCCAUCAACGACGGCAUUGUAUGCUUGUCGCACUUAAUGCGCUUGUAGGUAUGCUCCGAUGGUAUCCGAAGUAGUUACGUUUCAUAUUUGCUUUCCAUGGACAGUAGAAAAGUAAUGCAUAAUGGGUUUACGUGAGGUAUAAACUUGCAGACUUUCUCCAGAGUUACCAUUCCACUGUUAAACAUAACUGGCACCCCAGAACUUUAAAAUUAAACAGUAAUCACAAUAAUUAGAAUUUACAAACAUAAAAAACAUUGAAAGAAUUUGAUUUUACGUACCCCUGUUGCAACAACUGUUUGAAAUGAAUAGGCAAUCGACGAACGAACGACGUUUACCAAGCAGCUUACCCAGCAGAUAAGGGCUCCACAUGUGACCCACUAAGACAGAGCCCCGUUUUUAAUAAUAGAUGAAAGGAGCGCUCGAGAAGGCUUCAGCGGCAAAUCUAUACGUAAGUGAUUAUUUAUUUAGGACUAAUUUGUUUAUUUUUGCGGUAAAGUAGACUUAAGUACGCGGUAUAUUACUUCUCUUUAAUUCGUGAAACAUGCACUAAAUCGUGGGGACAUGUCCCUUACCAACCCCCUCCAAGCCCCGCCUACCGAGAUGGCCACGUGCAGGCAGGGAAAUUAAGUCUUUGUUGGGUGUUCAUCCUUCCCAUUCUCGAAUAUUGCUGCCCAUUAUUUAGUUUAAUGAGGGAGACUAGUCAUUCUGAGGCUGAAAAUAUUCAAUAGCAUUUUUCUGGGGAGGAACUGAGUACGACACCUCCAAACACUUCCUACUCAAAUAGAUGUCAUAAUUUAACCUAAAAUUUUUAUGGGUUCGGGGACUAGAGGCCGGCUAACGUCAUUUUUCGCAUUAGUAAUAGUUCAAAGCUUACUCAGAUUUCAGCGCUUGCCCUCUGUUACUCGUUCACACUGCUCUCGUAAUUCUUCCUUGAUUGCAACUCCUCCCUCCUCCUCCACCCCUAAACACCCUUUUCUGCUCCAACGUAUAUAUUUAUUUGAAUAACCUGCCAGUCAAUACUAGAUAGUCAACUUGUCUAUACGCUUUCAAGAAAGUGAACUCGCUGGAGCGGUGCGCCUCAGACUUUUGUCCAAAUUUGAGAUGGCAAGCACGUCUUUUGUUAGGAACAAGCAAUUUUGGACAACUGUCUGAUGCGUCUUUAUCUUUGGGUGCUAUUGCACUAUUUUUGUUUACUCCUCAUCUGGCAAAUCGGGGGUUCUGCGUCUAAACGUAACAGGCUUCCCGAUAUCCGUGGAGAUGCUUAGUCUCUCACGUAGAUCAGCCAUUGCAUCAAAGUAACGAAAAGCACUGCUUUUGUUCGAGCACUUCCCGACCUGGGCAGCAUCUGAGAUUAAAGUAUGCUCCUUCCAGUUUUAAAACUCCGCCGUGGUCAAUAAUUGCGGAUGUGGGUCAAAAAUAUGCAUCCGACUAAAUGUACUCGCCCUUCUUCUGUUCACUUGCGGUCUCUCCCACCUCCGGUCUUCUUGACUUGGUCAUGGCACCGGGUCAAGUUGUGGGAGGAGAGGGUGCGGUGAAUGCUGCGUAAGGCUACCACCACUAUGGACUAAUUCACGCGGAAGUCACCGUAUCUACUGUCCCUCAACUGUGGAGUACAUUAUGGACACCGUCGAAAUCGGCAGCCGAACUGUCAGUAUGCUUUUAAGAGAAGACUAAGCCCAUAUUUUAACAUUGACUUGACUAACCCUUUAUUUCCUUCAUCCUUACCGAGAAGGUCUAUCCAUGACUUGAAUUAAGGACCAUCGGGCAUUUGGGACGUUGGCGCUGCCAAAUUACCUUAUCGGCCCAAAUUUCCCUUUUCGUGUGCAAUUUCGCUUUCCACGACCCCUCAGCAGGAACCGCAAGUUUUUUCAAUUCACACAUUGCAUCCUUUGCAUAACGCGAUGCCCACCUUGACCGACCCCUCAAAGGAGUAAUUGAGAUCAGACUGAUGUGCACGAAGUAGACCAUCUGUGCAUCGCUCGCCACAAAUCCUCAUCAGGAUUUUUGUGUGGUCUCUGGAAGACCGAAGUCUCACCCCAGUUGUCGAACUCACGCUGGGUCUGUCAAUAUAUAACAUCCCCUGACACACUAUAAUGAUGCUUAGUUCUCACCUACUGGUUUGUCCUUGUAGUUUUAUCCUAGCUUUGGGAAUAACCUGUCCUGCUCCUCCAUAUCCCUCCGAGAAGCAGUUUUUCUCCUAAAUGUUAUUCGAAAAUGAAGGCUCCCUAAACACACAUUUCAUUUUUAAAUUUUCAAGAGUUAUUCUUUCGGAACUCGUCAUUUGUUUCCACAAAACACUUGCAGUUUGAAAUUUGCGGAUGUCAUUAUUAUCAAGAGUGUCGCAUGUGAAACGCAAAUCACCGGCGGACGCGAAAAAGUUGCCAAACUCACAACACAGUUUCUAAAUACUGCCUUCCACCUGACAGCUCAGGCAGACCAUUACUAUCUACAUUGUAUUUUUUAUCCAAUUAACUCAGAUAACUUUGUCUGGAUAGUGCCCUGUAGGUUCCAAAAAUAAAAUUGAUAACGCUCUUAUUUUUAUCCUUCUUAUGGUAAAAGGGAAAGGAUCAAAAAAUAUCCAGCGGUAUCAAGAAUAAGGGAUGAACAAAAUUUCAAUUAAGGGUUUUAUUUGGGGUUAUGGAGGGGUAAUAUCCACUGGAUCAUACUUAGUGUUUGAAGGGGUUUCGUCAUACUCGAUUGAAAAACGCCUAAAGAUGGCACUGAGUUCGAAUUCACGGUUCUUGCCUCUUUUCUAUCACUCCCAAACGUGCCAUUUUAAAUAAUUAUAAGCCUAUGAACUCUUACAACUUCACUUAUGCACCGCCCUCAUCCGUAGCUCUUGGCAGCAGAUCUAAGAACGUUUUCAAAGGCUUAUUUGAACGUCAAGAUUACCUUAAUUGAUCUUAGAAUAGGACGUUAGUGGUUACUUCAAAUUUUGGUGUGUGACCAUUGUUUGGGUAAGUCGCACCCAGUUACUAUAGUCGAAUAUAGCGCGUCUUUAUCUGAGUUAUUACGCCAACUGUGUCAGAACAAUUACCGUAGGCAUUUUGUACGAAAAGAUUUAGUCAUGGCAGACGGAGUUUGCCGGUAUGGAGUGGAUUUGUUCACUAUGCACAACUGGCGAACAAAGGGUAUAAUUUAGGGGAGUUUCUGAUGAUCCGCCUCUUGACUAAUUUAGUUGCUGUUUACUUUUAUUAUCUGUAACCCACAAUUAGGUUCACAGUUAUGCUCAGAUUUAGGAUUAUCGAUAUGGUCUGUUUUAGCCAGAGUACUUUUUAGGGCUGCGGUUGGGGAAGAAUUGGGGCGAUCAAUCCACUGCUUAACUCGAAUGCGUUUUAUUGUUUUUCUUUCUUAAAACUGUGCACUAUGUGUAAGAGAAGAUAGCCCUUACUUGCUUCAACAGUUAGCCCGAAUAUCGUGCUCGUUUCUGAUGUGGCACGCAUACGCAUGCGCUUCCCAUGUCAACCUGAUGCACUGGACUGUCAGGCAGUCGUCCGUUGUCCGUGAAAUAGCAAAAUUAACUGAUCGUUUCGAACGUUGCCGGAGAAGAAUUAAACACCGGUUAUGUUACGUGUGCAGCUUAAUUGGAGAUCAUGAUUUUGGAACGCCUGGAUCAGGCCUAGUGUCGUCCUUAGUUCCAUUUGUCAGGAGUAAACUUUUUGCAAAAACUGGGUUUUGCUUCCUUCUGAUAGUGCCGACGGUGUUUUAUAAAGUAAGGCCACUGAAGAUUUCAUUUACACUAUUUGGCAACUAAUGGUGUUUCGAACUGCCAUGGCAGAAUGGUUAAUCAGUCCUGAAGACACGGAGUAGGUUCCAUUUUGGGAAUAUAACUAGAUGACAGUACUAUCUAAAGGGGGACUUGAACCGUCCUGAGAUGUUCUAUUUUUACAUACAGGCACUCUGAUAACACUUUGCUGUGAAGUUGCCGGCUACAGUGGCUUCAGAGUUUCUACGAUCGCGGACCGGUGCGAACAUCCUCAAUUUCGCAUAAACACACACGCGCGCGCCGUCUCACGGGCGGAAUCGCGGACAUCCCGGGUCGAGCAGGAUGCCAAAUGCCUGGGAUCACGAACUCUUAGGGGGGACUGCCUGCUUGGUCGUGUAAAGUGUACUUGCACACGUGUGGGCGCAUGCAAUGACAGAAGUUACCUGCUUUAGGAGGGCUGCCGUCUGAGCUACUGUGCACACUGUCAUCCAACUGUGGAUCUUCCUUACAGCGGCCAAGAAGUAGAUCCGACUAUGUUAUCAAAGCAGGAUUCGAGUAGGAAUAUGUGUGAAUUUGAAGAGGUGAAGUAAGCCGAAGCAACAAAUCACUUUAGUAAAUAUUCACUGAACGGUGUGCCAGGCACCUAACAACUAAUCAAUUCUGGGGCUCGAAUCCGCCGCCAAAAAUCCGACCGUGAAUCGCAGUGCCUUACUAUUAGUGUGUGGAAGCAUUACAAUUGGAAAGUAAAGUCGUUGGCAGUCUCGUCGAUAGGAGUGAUGCGCACAAGAAAAGGCACGUUUGUAAGUGUUACCUAUCCGCGAACCGGCUGGGAGUGAGAAAAGUGGAUCGUGAGCCGGUCUACUUAUGCCUGCCCCUUGGCUUGUGCUGGUUGUUCCUGUUGCCACUGCCCUUGUAGUUGCAACAGCGGUGGUUGCGGUAGUUUUGUACUUUGGGGCACUUGUCUGACGUUAAACGGCCAACUCAUAACUGGCACGGACUCGGGGAGUCCGACUGUCCGUGCGUCCCUCCGGUCCGUCCCCUUCUUCGGUCGUGAAUGCUGAGCUCUGCGCGUAGAAGAUGAGCAAAGACUGGUGGUAUUUGAGCAUUGCUGCCCGAGGACCAUCCUUCUAAUGAAGUUCACCGAGUUCGGUUAAAACUAGGCAGUCUGCACUCGCUGCGACAGUAUCGAAGGGAUACUUCAAGCCAUCAAGAAAGAUGUCUUGGGUGGUUUGGGCACGUUCUCUACCGUAAGACCCAUGAGAUAAAUUAUACUGUCCUUGAUCCGGCGCCGUUGCCCGGCUGGAGGCGUCAAAGAGGAGGAAAAAUUAAGACCUGACAUGAUACGGUUCGUUAAAACAUGAAAUCCGUCCUUGGACCCUCGUCAUUCAGUCUCCGUCGCUGGAGGAGAGAGUGGGCUUAGCUGUUCAGAUCCGCUGCCCAGAUCGUCACACUUGAAGAGAUACAAUACGCGACAUCAAAACCGACUCGAUUUGGCAUGAUCACAGUCUCGCCAAGUUCAACUAGUACUGAAUGGAGGAAGUAUAUACUUAUUUCAGAUGAGUCGCAAUAGUACGUACAGUGAGUGACCUAUCUCAUGAAAUGUUGGUUGAAAUUCUGAAAUGCGUUUUCGAUUAGGAAGGAUUACAUGGUCGCGGUUGUAAUAUUGAUUAUCUUAAGACAUACUCUUAUAACAUUUCGGACUUGGCAGGAUGUCGGCUUUUAAAUGCACUUCUUUUCGAUCUCCCGUAGAAAGCGUGCUCGGCAAAAAAUGACUACUUAAGUAGCAUGCAUUUUCCCAUUGAUUUUCGAUGGUCUUUGAAAUUCAAAUAUAUUGUAUAGAAACCAUGAACAAAAAUGUGCUUUUUUAGUCAAUCAAUGGAGAAUCACGUCUUUAUAUUUUAUAUUUAAGGAAGGAGUAUAAUUAGGUUUUCAAAAAGUUUCUUAUUAUGAGACUUUUUAAGACCGCGAAAUGUCCAUUCACAUAGCAUCGUACCUGGCCGUUUACCACCGCUCCUUGUGAAAUGUACAACAUGGUCUGCAUCCAUUGCAAAAUUUUAUGGACUGUGUAUGAUAUCUCUUUAAUGCCAUAGUAAAAUAUGUGAUUUUCUUUACGCGGAACGCAUGCACCUUGUAGAGUGAAAUCACUAAGCGCUAAUGCAACGAAUGAUCAGGCUCAAAAUUAUUCGGCAAUUAGGAAACUUUUUUAAAACCUAAUUAUACUCCUUCCUUAAGUAUAAAAUAUAAAGAAGACGUGAUUCCCCAUUGAUUGCCUAAAAAAGCACAUUUUUGUUCAUGGUUUCUAUACAAUAUAUUUGAAUUUCCAAGACCAUCGAAAAUCAAUGGAAAAAUGCAUGCUACUUAAGUAGUCAUUUUUUGCCGAGCACGCUUUCUACAGGAGAUUGAAAAGAAGUAAAUUUAAAAGCCGACACCCUUCCAAGUCCGAAAUGUCAUAAGAGUAUGUCUUAAGAUAAUCAUUAUUACAACCGCGACCAAGUUAUCCUUCCUAAUCGAAAACGCAUUUCAGAAUUUCAACCAACAUUUCAUCAGAUAGGUCAUUCACUGUAGCUAUUUAGAGUAUUAUGUUCUUAGCCCUUCGUACAGCCGUUCAGACUCUAUCAUGGGAACUACUGCAAAUCACACUGCCGUCAUCGUUUUACUGUUGGCAGUGAUUGUCGCGGAUCCCUAGAUGGCGUCAUCCGGAGGAGGAGAACUGCAAACCAUGGUUCUGGUUUCCAAAAGCCUCCUACAAGAACUGCAUUUGUUCGUUCAGCACAUCCUUGAAACCAGUGAAUCAGGCCUUCUUAAGUAUUUUGUUCAUAUAUUUCUUACGCGUACUUAUUAAUCAUUAAAUCAAGAAUACAGUAAACGUCCUAUUUCACAGAAAUUAACUGUUCUUUCAUGGUUGCUUUCACCUCCUUUCAGGUUUAUCCUCAGCUCAGUCUGCAAAACUAAGAAAAGACAGUAGCGAUUGUAAAUAUCUAGCCCUAGGCCAUGGGUCCAGAUAGUUAAGAGUUAAGUUCAUUCGAAUUUCAUGCAGUAUGCCGGGUUUGAGGUAUUGUUUUGAACUAUAUGUGCUCCAUCUCCUGCGCCCCCCCCACCUCUGGUCUUCUUGACUCUGUCUUGACACUGGGUCCAGGUAGGCAGUAGGGAAGAGGGGGUGCGGUAGACGCUUCGCAAGUCUGCUCUCACUAUAAACUAAUUUACGCGCAAGUCACCGUGCCUGUUGCACGUUGAGGUGUAGUACACGGUGGACAUCGUCGGAAUCGACGAUCGAACUGUCGGAUGUGUUUCCUCAAUUUGAGCAUAGCAACUGAGUAAACUGGCCUACACGGUAUUUGACUUGGAGUCGCCCGCGACUUCUCGUCCGCCCUUAGAAAGCACCCCUUUUAGAUUACUUGGGACGUUGUCAUUUUUACUAUGAUUUUUUAUUGUUAAAGGACAAGCCAUUAGGUUUAUCCCAAAACCUUGAUCAUAAUGCUCAUAAAUCAUAUUGUUUGACAUCUAUUGCGAUAGUGCAUGCCGCUGUACGACGGGAAACCGGGCAGUUUCUCACAUAGACGGUUCCUUCUGGAGGCGAUUAUGAUAAUUCCUACAGUAACGUAUCAGUAUCGUUCCAAAGAACAAUUCGGCCAGAGCGUGGACCAUGCUACAGUUAAUUUUUUGCAUUUCGAAAGAAACUGGUCGGAGGUUUGAAAAGUCUUUGCCCAACUACAAGAUUUGGAUAUCCAUCCUCAUUUUGAUACUCUGACUAUCGAUUGCUUGUAAGGAUAUCUUGUUCACGUAGUUGCAGACCGUUUCAUUUUCGAAAACACGCCUUAUCACUAGUAGGUUUAUUCGGCCCUUGCGGAGCUUGCCAAUUUACGAUAGUGUUUGUCAAGUUUGUCACCCCAGCUUCAAUUACAGUUUGAGCGGUUUUGACAGGUAUCCAUGGGCUCUGAAGCCGGCUAAACCAGCACGGGUGAUACCCGAUUCAUACACCACGUAACAUGGUCCCCCCUCAUAUGUUCUUGUUCAGUACCACGUAUGUUAUCAACCUCUUCCCCGAAUUACGCAGUUUUUUGUCCUCGUUGUGUUCUAGUGUUUUCACAUCCAUGGGUUUCGCACGCCUGAGUCGUAA